CUCCGUCCCGGUCCCCGCGUCCUUUGGCUGCUCCUCGCGCAGCGGCGGGACAAUCGGGCGCUUGUUCUCCGGCGCUGGUCGCCUCCUGGCCCGGUCGGACAAUCCUCCUUUGUCCGGCUCGGGAUGGCCGGGCGAAAGGGCGAGGGGCGGCCGGCGGGGCGGCUUCGGGGGCGGACUGGAUCGCGGCGUUGCCCGGGCAUCCGCGGCUGCUCUCCUCCUCCUUCUCCUCCUCCGGCGGCUGCUGGUGCUGCCCGGGACCCCCGAGGACCCCCCGGCCGCCCCUCGCAGUCCCGCGAGGCGGCAGGAUGGGCGAGCAGGAGCCGGCGGCCGGCGAGGAGGGGGGCUUCGCGCUGGACAAGGAGUUUCUGCGCUCGCCCAAGGGGGUGCUGAUGGGGGUCGAGCUGGGCCUUUGUUUCCUGGUCUUCUUGCUGCUCACGGCUUCGGUUUCGGCCUACAUGGGCGCUGCCUUGCUGGAGAUGUUGGUAACCCUGACUUUCCUGGCACUGCGAGUCACGUACUAUCACGAACGCCUGACCCGGGUCAACUGGCCCUGCCUGGAUUUCCUUCGGUGCGUCAGUGGGGCCAUCAUCUUCAUCGUCGUGGGCUUCGCCGUUGUUGCCACCAACCAUGAGGGAUCGGCCGUGUCGGCCUUUGUUUUCAGUCUUAUUCUCAUUGGGAUUUUCUGCUUGGACGCGUACAAAACCUACCAGGCGGAGAUGGGAUCGGAAGAAGAUCCAGAUCGUAGGUGAAUUUGCUCGCCCAAGUGUCCCUGACUUCAGGGCUAAAAAUCCCACCUCACGUCUCCAGCUUCCGUAUCUGCGUGUGCUCUCGGAGCUGACUCCAUCUUUCCUGGAGAAUCCCGAUCUGUAAUUUUAGAUUAUUUUCUGAUUUAACUUGCCGGGAAGACAAAAUUAAAAUUGCUUUGGAUGUGUGUACACAAUAGCCUCGUGUUUCCAGAGACUGGAUGUAGACGCACGAGGGGGUGAACACACAGAGUGGACAGCUAUUUACUAUUAAACAGCUAUAUACUACUAAAA